AUGGUCGGCCACACCCCCCCAGAGAACUACUUUUUAAUAGACUACAAAAGACCCUUCGUCGGCUUCGUCCUCUUCCUGUCUCCGGAGCUCCAACUCAACAGCGCCCGUAUCCUCCCCCGGCCUCCCCGUUCCGGUGUCCCGCCCGGAGGGGGCCCGGCUGCCGAAGAUGGCGGCGGGGGCUGCGGGGGGUGGCUGGUGCUGAGGGACGGCUGUCUCCGCUGUGACGAGCACGGAGUGAGCAGCCUGACCUAUCAUCCGGCGCUCAACGCGAUCCUGGCCGUCACUACUCGGGGCAGCAUCAAAGUCAUCGAUGGCACGUCCGGGGCCAUUCUUCAGGCUUCAGCAAUCCACGCAAAGCCUGGUGGGCGGCUGAAGUGCCAAUAUUUCCCAACUGUGGAUAAAGUUAUCUUUGUGGAUGAUUAUGCAGUGGGCUGUCGGAAAGACUUGAAUGGUAUUUUAUUACUAGACACAGCACUUCAAACUCCAGUUGGUAAACCAGAUGAUGUGGUCCAGCUUGAACUGCCAGUUACAGAGGUACAGCAGUUGUUGUCUGCGUGUUUGGAGAAAAUUGACGUGUCUAGUGCAGAAGGCUAUGAUUUGUUCAUAAUGCAGCUGAAAGAUGGCUUUAAAAAUACCUCACAUGAGACAGCAGCAAACCAUAAGGUUGCCAAGUGGGCGACUGUCACAUUUCAUCUUCCUCAUCAUGUGUUAAAGUCCGUGACUGGUGCCAUUGUGAAUGAGUUGAAGAAAAUAAAUCAAAAUGUUGCUGCACUGCCUGUAGCCUCUUCUAUAAUGGACAGACUGUCUUAUCUGCUACCUAGCGCCAGGCCAGAGCUUGGCGUUGGUCCUGGUCGGUCUGUAGAUCGAUCUUUGAUGUACAGUGAAGCAAACAGGAGAGAGACCUUUACAUCGUGGCCUCAUGUUGGUUACAGGUGGGCUCAGCCAGAUCCCAUGGCUCAAGCAGGUUUUUAUCACCAGCCGGCAUCCUCAGGAGAUGAUCGUGCAAUGUGUUUUACUUGUAGUGUAUGUUUAGUCUGUUGGGAACCUACUGAUGAACCUUGGUCAGAACAUGAGAGGCAUUCUCCAAAUUGUCCGUUUGUAAAGGGUGAACACACUCAGAAUGUACCCCUCUCCGUCACCCUUGCCACAUGUCCUGCACAUUUUCCCUGCACAGAUGGCACAGAUCGAAUAACAUGUUUUGGGGUGGGGAAUUGUCCUCACUUUCUAGCUGCGGCAACCAAAAGAGGCAAAGUUUGUGUCUGGGAUGUCUCUAAACUCAUGAAGGUGCACUUAAAAUUUGAGGUAAACCCAUAUGACCCGGUUAUCGUUCAGCUCUUGGUUCUCGCCGGAGAUUCCAGUACCACGGUGGAACCUGCAAGGCCGACACUGGCAUGGUUAGAAGGUUCAUCUAGCUGUUCUGAUAUCCCAAAAUUAGAAGGUGACAGUGAUGACUUGCUGGAUGAUUCUGAUAGUGAAGAGCGGUCAAGGUCUGAUUCUGUAACAGGGCACCCAUCUCACAAGGAAACUCUGGAGAUGGGCCUGGACAUCACAGCUCUUGGCAUACUCCAACAGCCAGAGAAGUUACAGUGGGAAAUUGUUGCUAAUGUUCUUGAAGAUACUGUAAAGGACUUGGAAGAACUUGGGGCAAAUCCUUCCUUAAUGAGCUGUAAAAGUGAAAAGACCAAGGAGAAGCAUUUGGAACAGCACAACAUUCCUUUUCCCUGCUUACUGACUGGAGGUUUAUUAACGUAUAAGUCCCCAGCUUCCUCCCCCACUAGUAGCAAUUCUCGCAGGUCACUUGAUGCUUUAAACAGGACUCCAGGCGAGAGCUCCUCAGAGCAAGGUUCCACUGACAAUGAAUCUGGCACGAACUCUGCUAUUAAUUCUCCUAUGGUAAAAAGGACUCUACCUGUGUUGUUGCUAUACAGCAUUAAAGAGGCUGAUGAAAAAGCAGGGAAACUCUUUUCUCAAAUGAACAAUAUUAUGAGCAAAAGUUUACAUGAUGAUGGAUUUACUGUUCCCCAGAUCAUUGAGAUGGAGCUGGAUAACCAGGAGCAGUUGCUUCUUCAGGACCCACCUGUCACCUAUAUACAGCAGUUUGCUGAGGCCACUGCCAAUCUGACAUCCCCUGACACAGAUAAAUGGACUUCUAUGGUUCCCAAGCCUGGAGCGCUUGUACAAUGCAUGCGUUUACCUAAAUUUGCUGAGGAGGAAAAUCUUUGUGUAGAUUCCAUUAUUCCUUGUGCUGACGGUGUCCAUCUUUUAGUAGGUUUACAGAAAUGUCCUGCAGAGUCCUUGAGUGCAAUAAAUCAAGUUGAGGCCUUGAAUAAUUUAAACAAAUUAAACUCCGCUCUUUGCAACCGAAGGAAAGGAGAAGCUGACCACAGCCUUGGAGCUGUGAAUGGAACAAGUAUUAAUGUUAUUCCCUGUGAGUCCUCGGCAGAUGUUCAUGAUACUUUAAUAAUUCAGCCAGACCAGAGAAGUGUUAGUGGUGGAUACUUGUUGAUUUACAAAAUGAAUUAUACUACCAGGAUAGUGACCUUGGAGGAACAACCAGUAAAGAUCUUGCAUAUUAAAGACCCUCAGGAUGCACUUACCUCACUUAUUUUAUUACAGCCUGAUAUUUUAGAUAAUGGAGAGGAUGAGUGUGAGGAAUCCUCAGAAGAUGCCCCUUUGACUCCUAAAACUCUCAGUAGUAAAGAGAAAAAACCUGACUUGCCAAGCUUGGGACAUUUAGUAGUAACUACACAAAGUGGCUUUGUAAAAAUCCUAGAUCUGUCUACCUUUGAGGUCAUGGCUAGGGUGGAUCCACCAAAGAAGGAAGGCACAGAUGAAGUGGAUCCUUUUGUUUCAGUUGUGUACUGUUCAGGCACAGAUAGACUGUGUGCCUGUACUAAAGGUGGAGAACUUCAUUUUCUUCAGAUUGGAGGAACUUGUGAUGAUCUUGAUGAAACUGACAUCCUUGUUGAAAAUUCACUUACAAAGGGUGUGGAGCAGUUAGCAGAAGGCAUCAAGCCAGUCUCAAACCCAUCCAGUCCUGGAAUCACAGGUGUAGAUCUCCUAGUGGAACAGCCGUUCUCGUUGGAAAUGUUGACAUGUUUAGUAGAACUAACUCGCUUUGAGACCUUAAUUCCAAGGUUUUCUGCAACUGUACCACCAUGUUGGGUUGAAGUCCAGCAGGAGCAGCAACAGAGACGCCAUCCACAGCACUUACAUCAGCAGCACCAUGGUGAUGCUGCUCAACACACACGCACUUGGAAACUGCAGCAUGACAGCACUAGUUGGGAUGAACACGUCUUUGAACUGGUUUUACCAAAAGCCUGCAUGGUGGGACACGUGGACUUUAAGUUUUUAUUGAACUCUAAUAUUACAAACAUUCCUCAAAUUCAAGUAACGUUACUUAAAAACAAAGCUCCAGGAUUAGUCAAAGUUAAUGAAACUCCGGUAGAUAGACCCAUCUCCUUUCCUCUGUCUCCUGCCUUCAGUGUGGAAGUUCAGAGAAAUGGAAGACCAACCCUGGUAGAUUUAAGUGAGGACUUGCAAGGCAUGGAAGUAGAGGACUCUCAGAGCCCACGGUUGUGUCCAUUUUUAGAAGAGCACAAAGAAGAUAUCUUGUGUGGUCCUGUUUGGCUAGCAAGUGGUCUUGAUCUUUCAGGUCAUGCUGGCAUGCUGACAUUAACAAGUCCUAAACUUGUCAAAGGGAUGGCUGGUGGCAAAUAUCGUUCUUUUUUAAUCCAUGUGAAGACUGUAAAUGAUAGAGGAGCAGAGGAGCUGUGUAAUGGAGCCAGGCCAGUUGUGCGGAUACCUUCAUUAAAGCCACAAAGUGUAAAAGGGCAUUCUCUUGCCUCAUUACUGGCUAAGGUUGUUCCAGGCAAGGAUAAGGCUGCUGCAAAAAUGGAUGCCGGCCCUUCUUCACGGAAAGUCGAUAACCUCAGGGGAUGUGACUUGCUCCAGGAGGUUUCUGUCACCAUAAGACGUUUCAAAAAGACAUGUAUCCCAAAAGAAAGAGUACAACGAUGUGCCAUGCUGCAGUUCUCAGACUUUCACGAGAAGCUUUUGAAUACACUUUGUAAAGAGACAGACGAUGGACUGGCUAGUGAACAUGCACAGAGCUUAGUGUUGGACAUCCUCUGCUGGUUAGCAGGUGUACAUUCCAAUGGUCCGGGCAGUAUAAGGGAAGGAAAAGAGAGCCUGCUGUCUAAAACACGGAAGUGUCUUUCUGAUAUUGUUCGCACAUGUUUUUUUGAGGCUGGAAGAAGUAUUGCCCACAAAUGUGCCCGAUUCUUGGCUCUGUGUAUUAGCAAUGGCAAAUGUGAUCCAAAUCAACAAGGCUUUGGCUAUGUCCUUUUGAAGGCUUUGCUGGAGAACAUGACAUAUCUGCCUUCUUCUGCCACUGGAGGUGCUGUUUAUUGGUAUUUUGUACUGCUAAAUUAUGUUAAAGAUGAAGAUCUAGCUGGUUGUAGCACAACCUGUGCAUCCCUUCUUACUGCUGUGUCAAGACAGUUGCAGGACCGGCUUACACCUAUGGAAGCUUUGCUGCAGACCAGAUAUGGGCUGUACAAUUCUCCAUUUGAUCCUGUACUGUUUGAUUUGGAAGUCAGCGGCUCUUCAUGUAAAAAUGUGUACAACAAUAGCUCCAGUAUACAGUCCGAUGAAAUUGACCUUUCAGAUGUUCUCCUAGGUAAUGGAAAAGUUAACAGUUGCACAGCUGCAGAGGGCAGUUUUACAUCUUUGACUGGCCUACUGGAGGUAGAACCAUUGCAUUUUACUUGCGUAUCUACCAGUGACGGAACCAGAAUAGAGAGGGAUGAUGCAAGUACGUUCACUGUGAGCACGUUUGGUGUAACUCCUGCAGUGGGUGGUCUAUCGGCUGGGACUGUGGGAGAAGCCUCCACUGCUCUCAGCUCAGCAGCUCAGGUUGCUUUGCAGUCGCUCUCCCAUGCCAUGGCUUCAGCCGAGCAGCAGCUCCAGGUAUUGCAAGAGAAACAGCAGCAGCUUCUGAAGCUUCAACAACAGAAGGCAAAACUGGAGGCCAAGUUGCACCAGACGACAGCAGCAGCUGCUGCAGCUGCUUCAGCUGCAGGUCCUAUCCACAACUCUGUGCCUCCCAAUCCAGUGGCUGCUCCAGGAUUCUUUAUCCAUCCAUCUGAUGUCAUUCCGCCCACUCCAAAAACAACGCCUCUCUUCAUGACCCCACCUCUAACUCCACCCAAUGAAGCAGUGUCAGCUGCCAUCAAUGCAGAGCUGGCUCAGCUUUUCCCGGGCACAGUCAUUGAUUCUCCGCCUGCUAUCUUGACUUCACAUGGAAAGAAUGCUAACAAACCUAGAGGGAAUCAGCUGGGUUCAGGUCUUGCACUGGCGAUCUCUCAUGCCUCUCAUUUUCUGCAGCCUCCUCCUCAUCAGUCUAUUAUUAUAGAAAGAAUGCAUUCUGGUGCCAGGAGAUUUGUGACAUUGGAUUUUGGCAGACCUGUUCUCCUUACAGAUAUUCUCAUUCCCACCUGUGGUGAUCUGGCCUCCUUGUCUAUUGAUAUUUGGAGUUUGGGCGAGGAAGUGGAUGGCAGAAGACUAGUGGUUGCAACUGAUAUCAGUACCCAUUCACUAAUACUACACGACUUGUUGCCACCCCCUGUCUGCAGGUUCAUGAAGAUCACUGUUAUUGGCCGUUAUGGAAGUACAAAUGCCAGGGCCAAAAUUCCGCUAGGCUUUUAUUACGGCCAUACCUACAUUUUACCUUGGGAGAGUGAACUGAAACUCAUGCAUGACCCACUCAGAGGUGAAAGUGAAUCAGCAAGUCAACCUGACAUUGACCAGCAUCUGACAAUGAUGGUAGCUCUCCAGGAAGAUAUCCAGUGCAGGUAUAAUCUUGCUUGCCAUCGAUUAGAGACUCUUCUCCAGAGUAUUGAUCUUCCUCCACUGAACAGCGCAAACAAUGCACAGUAUUUUCUGAGAAAACCAGAUAAAGCUGUAGAAGAAGACAGCAGAGUUUUUUCGGCUUACCAGGACUGCAUACAACUACAACUCCAGUUGAACCUGGCUUAUCAUGCUGUUCAAAGACUGAAGGUGGCUCUUGGCAUGAGCAGAAAAACUCUGCGGGAGCAAUAUGAUUCUAGAGAACUUAUCCAUACAUCUUCAACUGAACAGCUGCGCACGAUUAUCCGGUACCUUCUGGACACUCUGCUAAGCCUCCUUCAUUCCUCCAAUGGACAUUCUGUACCAGCAGUCCUCCAGAACACUUUCCAUGCUCAGGCGUGUGAAGAGCUGUUUAAACACUUGUGUAUAAGUGGAACACCAAAGAUAAGGCUGCACACUGGCCUGCUCUUGGUGCAGCUGUGUGGUGCGGAGAGAUGGUGGGGCCAGUUUCUCUCCAAUGUUUUACAAGAACUAUACAACUCAGAGCAGCUGUUGAUCUUUCCUCAGGACCGAGUCUUCAUGCUUCUUUCUUGCAUAGGCCAAAGAUCUCUUGGUAACAGUGGAGUCCUGGAAAGUUUAUUGAAUCUGCUGGACAAUCUUUUAUCACCUCUACAGCCACAUUUACCUGUCUUUAGGCGUGUCGAGGAAGCUGGGGGGGAGCAGGGUGCAUCAGCAAGGGCUCCACUCAAAAGGUUAUAUCUUUUUUGUAUAUUCAUUCAUUUAGGGAACCAGUGGAGUUUCAUUAACAACAACCUGCACACACAGAGUCUAAAUAGAUCGUCUAAGGGAAGCAGCAGUUUGGAUAGGCUAUACUCCAGGAAGAUCAGAAAACAGCUGGUUCACCACAAACAGCAACUCAACCUACUGAAGGCAAAACAGAAGGCGUUAGUAGAACAGAUUGAAAAGGAGAAAAUACAGAGCAACAAGGGAUCAUCUUACAAGCUUUUGGUGGAACAGGCAAAACUUAAACAAGCCACUUCUAAGCACUUUAAAGAUUUGAUACGUCUGCGUCGCACUGCAGAAUGGCCCCGAUCUGCUCAAGACACUGAAGUAUCUGCAACAAAAGAGAGCCCCGAAAUCGAACCUCUACCUUUCACCUUGGCACAUGAGCGCUGUAUUUCUGUUGUACAGAAGCUGGCACUCUUCCUCCUGUCUAUGGACUUCACUUGUCAUGCUGACUUACUUCUGUUUGUCUGCAAGGUGCUUGCUAGAAUCGCCAAUGCUACCCGCCCCACCAUACAUUUGUGUGAAGUAGUGAAUGAUCAGCAGUUGGAAAGGCUUUUGUUAUUGCUGGUUGGUACCGACUUCAAUAGAGGAGACAUCUCUUGGGGUGGCGCCUGGGCACAGUACUCUCUGACCUGCAUGCUCCAGGAUAUUUUGGCAGGAGAGUUGUUGGCCCCUACUGCAGCUGAAGCCCUGGAUGAAGGAGCCAUGGGAGAGGAAGCUGGUGCUUCAGCCGGAGACUCUGAUGACUCUUUACAACAGUCCUCUGUCAUACCAUUGGUGGAAACUGUGGAUGAGCCUUUAACACCUGACAUUACAGGUGCUCCUCCUCUAUCAUCUUUGGAUAAAGAUAAAGAAAUUGACCUUGAAUUACUGCAAGACCUGAUGGAAGUUGAUAUUGAUCCUUUAGAUAUUGAUUUGGAGAAAGAUCCCCUCGCAGCUAAAGUCUUCAAGGUAUGGCAUCCAAUCAGCAGCACUUGGUAUGAUUAUUGGGGCGCCGACUAUGGCACUUACAAUUACAACCCUUACAUUGGAGGUGUUGGAAUUCCGGUGGCCAAACCUGCAGCCACUUUGGAAAAGAAUGGUACACAGACAGUGACAGUAUCGGUUUCGCAGGCUCUGGAUGCUCGUUUGGAGGUUGGUCUUGAGCAGCAAGCUGAAUUGAUGUUGAAGAUGAUGUCCACACUUGAGGCAGAUUCCAUUCUACAAGCACUGACCAAUUCAUCCCCAACAUUAUCCCAGCCUUCCGGUGGUACAGACGACUCGUUGUUAAGGGGGUUACAAGCAUCCAGUCAGACAAACCAGCUUAUUGUUCAGUCGUCUUCCAUUCCAAUGCUUAGUGCCUGCUUCAACAAGCUCUUUUCUAUGCUGCAAAUGCAUCAUGUUCAGCUUGAAUCACUUCUACAGUUAUGGCUCACAUUGAGCCUGAAUUCUAGCUCAAAUGGGGGCAAGGAAAGUGGUGGAGAGCUUUUCCUAUAUAAUGCAAACAGAAUACCAGUCAUCUCUGUAAAUCAAGCAUCCAUUACAAGCUUUUUAACAGUCUUAGCCUGGCAUCCAAAUACCUUGCUCCGGACAUGGUGCCUUGUGCUUCACAGCCUCACUCUGAUGACAAACAUGCAGCUGAACUCUGGACCGAGCAGCGCUAUUGGAGCUCAGGAAAGCACUGCCCAGUUACUGGUAUCGGAUUCAAAUCUCCUACAUGUCCUUGUGAAAUUCCUCUCAGGAACAAACCCUCAUGGGACUAACCAGCACAGUUCCCAGGUUGGACCUACAGCUACUCAGGCAAUGCAUGAGUUUUUGACACGAUUACAAGUUCACCUCUCCGCUACCAGCCCUCAGAUGUUUAGUGAAUUUUUGUUAAAACUCAUACACAUACUUUCAACAGAAAGAGGUGCUUUUCAGACUGGACAAGGACCCCUGGAUGCUCAGGUGAAACUCCUAGAAUUCACUCUGGAACAGAAUUUUGAGGUGGUCUCUGUCAGCACCAUCUCAGCAGUCAUUGAAUCAGUUACCUUUCUCGUCCAUCACUACAUCACCUGUUCUGACAAAGUUGUGUCCCGUAGUGGAUCUGACAGCUCUGUUGGUGCAAGGGCUUGUUUUGGAGGCCUUUUUGCAAAUAUCAUUCGACCUGGCGAUGCGAAAGCAGUUUGUGGAGAAAUAACACGUGAUCAGUUGAUGUUUGACUUAUUAAAACUGAUUAAUAUCCUUGUUCAGCUGCCACUGUCAAGCAACAAAGAGUUCAGUGCCCGUCCACCUGUUAACAGCACAACAGACAGUGUUUCUGAUGAGGAGAAAGUCUAUGGAGGAAAAGACACAAGCAGUAACUCUUCUACUACACAAUGCGCUACCACAUAUGUGGCAGAUUUGGUGCUAGCCAACCAGCAAAUCAUGAGCCAGAUUCUCUCAGCCCUUGGCCAAUGUAAUAGCAGUGCAAUGGCCAUGAUUAUUGGUGCAAGUGGUUUACAUUUAACCAAACAUGAAAACUUCCACGGAGGGCUAGAUGCCAUUUCUGUUGGUGAUGGUCUCUUCACCAUUUUAACCACUCUUAGCAAGAAGGCUAGCACAGUUCAAGUGAUGCUACAGCCAAUUUUAACUUAUAUGGCAUGUGGAUAUAUGGGAAGACAGGGGUCUCUUUCUACCUGCCAGCUGUCUGAACCUUUGCUAUGGUUCAUUUUAAGAGUUUUAGACACAAGUGAGGCCUUGAAAGCCUUCCAUGAAAUGGGUGGAGUUCAGCUUAUCUGCAACAACAUGGUUACCAGCACCAGAGCAAUUGUGAACACUGCCCGAAGUAUGGUCUCUACGAUCAUGAAGUUCCUUGACUCUGGUCCCAGCAAAACUUCUGAUAGCAAUUUGAAAGCAAGAGUGCUUGUAUCGGAGCCAGACAAUGCAGAAGGCAUUCACAACUUUGCUCCAUUAGGUACCAUUACAUCAAGUAGUCCUACUGCUCAGCCGGCAGAAGUCCUACUUCAGGCGACCCCACCCCAUAGGAGAGCACGUUCUGCAGCUUGGUCAUAUAUAUUUCUUCCAGAGGAAGCCUGGUGUGAUCUUACCAUUAAUUUACCAGCUGCAGUAUUGUUGAAGGAGAUACACAUCCAGCCUCACCUUGCAUCUCUGGCUACUUGUCCAUCUUCAGUUUCUGUGGAAAUCAGUGCAGAUGGUGUGAACAUGUUACCUUUGUCUACACCUAUUAUCACCAGUGGACUUACCUAUAUAAAAAUUCAGCUUGUUAAAGCAGAAGUGGCCUCAGCAGUUUGCCUGCGACUCCACCGUCCUCGUGAUGCCAGCACGCUUGGUCUUUCACAGAUAAAAUUACUUGGUCUCACGGCUUUUGGAAACACAUCCUCCGCAACUGUUAACAACCCGUUCCUUCCUUCUGAGGACCAAGUGUCUAAGACCAGCAUUGGCUGGCUAAGACUUUUACACCACUGCUUAACUCAUAUCAGCGAAUUGGAGGCGAUGAUGGCAAGUGCUGCAGCGCCUACAGCCAACCUUCUGCAGACAUGUGCUGCAUUGUUGAUGUCUCCUUACUGUGGUAUGCAUUCACCCAACAUUGAAGCAGUUUUGGUUAAGAUUGGCCUUCAGUCUACUAGGAUUGGCUUACGGCUCAUUGACAUUCUCCUCCGUAACUGUGCAGCAUCUGGGAGCGAUCCUGCUGAUUUGAAUAGCCCUCUUCUUUUUGGUAGACUUAAUGGUCUCUCAUCAGAUUCCACUAUAGAUAUUCUGUAUCAGCUGGGUACCACUCAAGACCCUGGAACAAAGGAUAGAAUCCAAGCACUGCUGAAAUGGGUGAGUGACUCUGCUAGAGUGGCUUCACAUAAAAGGAGUGGUCGUAGCAGCUUAAUUCCGCCAAACAGCUCUUCUAGAGAAUUUGGUCUUCUUAUGCCAUCCCCCUCUCAUUUGCACUGUGUAGCGGCCAUUUUGUGGCACAGCUAUGAGCUUCCUGUGGAAUAUGACCUGCCUGGGUUGCUUAAUCGAGAACUGUUCGAGUCCUUGUAUAACUGGUCUAUGUCUUUAGCCUGCAACAUGGUAUUAAAGAAAGCUGUUGAUGGUCUUCUAUGCUCUAUGUGUCAUAUUCACCCGAAUUACUUUUCACUGCUCAUGGGCUGGAUGGGAAUUACCCCUCCCCCCAUACAGAGCCAGAAUAGACUGUCUAUUACAGAUGACAGCAAAAAGCAAGAUCUUAAUGCUGCUCUCACAGAUGACUCUAAAAAUGCACAAGCACCUCUCACACUUACGGAGUCACAUCUGGCCACACUUGCUGCUGCAUCCCAGUCUCCUGAAGCCAUCAAGCAACUGCUGGACUCUGGUUUACCAUCACUUCUUGUUCGAAGCCUGGUGAACUUUUGUUUUACGCACAUAUCUAGUUCAGACUGCGCUGCUUCCUCUACUGAUGCCACACAAGAGAGACUGCGGCGACCACAUUUAUCCCAGCACUUUAGUAGGAUGCCUGUAACUGCAGACUUGGUGGCACCAAUUCUCAGGUUUCUGACUGAAGUUGGCAAUAGCCAUGUUAUGAAGGAUUGGCUAGGGGGAGCCGAAGUUAACCCCUUGUGGACAGCACUUUUAUUUUUACUUUGCCAUUCUGGUGCAAGUUCUUCAGGUCAUGUGAACGGAUCUCAGCAGACCAAUGCAAGGUGCACUUUACUGACUUCCACAGCAGGGAAUGGUCUAACUACGCAGCAAAGAACUGCCGUGGAAAAUGCAACUGUGGCCUUUUUCUUGCAGUGCAUAUCUUGCCAUCCAAACAACCAGAGAUUAAUGGCACAGGUCCUUUGUGAGUUGUUCCAAUCAUCUCCACAGCGUGGAAAUCUCCCAUCAUCAGGCAAUAUCUCUGGUUUCAUCCGAAGACUCUUUCUACAGUUAAUGCUAGAGGAUGAAAAAGUAACCAUGUUCCUCCAGUCUCCUUGUCCUUUGUACAAAGGCAGAAUCAAUGCUACAAGUCACAUCAUUCAACAUCCAAUGUAUGGAGCAGGUCACAAAUUUCGUACUCUACACUUGCCCAUUUCUACCACAUUGGCAGAGCUACUGGACCGUGUCUCAGAUACACCUAGUAUUACUGCAAAGUUAAUAAGUGAACAAAAGGAUGACAAAGAGAAGAGAAACCAUGAGGAGAAAGAGAAGGUGAAAGCAGAGAAUGGAUUCCAGGAUAAUUACAGUGUGGUUGUUGCAUCAGGUUUGAAGUCUCAAUCAAAACGGGCAGUGUCCUCUACGCCACCACGUCCACCAUCUAGAAGAGGAAGAGUAAUGGCUGAUAAAGUAGGAGGAACCUCAUCAGGUGUGGAUUCUUCAAGCAAGACCAUUAGCAUUCCUGUUUUCCACCUUUACCAUAAGUUGCUUCCAGGUCAGCCUUUGCCACCUGAAAUGACCCUUGCACAGCUACUUACUCUUUUAUAUGAUAGAAAACUUCCUCAGGGUUUUCGUUCAGUGGACCUAACAGUUAAGCUUGGUUCCAAAGUUAUCUCUGAUCCAAGUCUAUCAAAAACUGAUUCUUUCAAGCGUCUUCACACAGAAAAGGAGCAUGGUGAUUUCUUGGGUUCAUGCCCUGAAGAUGAAGUAAUAAGUCCAGGAGACGACUGCAUGGAAUCAGUUUUGGAUGACUCUUUGCUAGAAACCUGCCCAAUUCAGUCUCCAUUGCAAGUUUUUGCAGGGAUGGGUGGGCUGGCCCUUAUCGCUGAGCGGCUUCCUAUGCUUUACCCAGAUGUCAUUCAGCAAGUGAGUACUCCUGUUGUAUCCUCCACAACACAAGAAAAACCAAAGGACAGCGAUCAGUUUGAGUGGGUUACUAUUGAACAAUCUGGAGAGUUGGUUUAUGAAGCCCCUGAAACUAUUGCUUCAGAGCCUCCCCCAAUCAAGUCUGCUGUGCAAACCAUGUCCCCUAUUCCUGCUCACUCCUUGGCUGCAUUUGGUCUUUUCCUUCGUCUCCCGGGGUAUGCUGAGGUUCUGCUUAAGGAGAGAAAACAUGCCCAAUGCCUACUCCGCCUGGUACUGGGAGUUACAGAUGAUGGAGAAGGAAGUCACAUCUUACAGUCCCCAUCUGCAAAUGUCCUACCAACUCUUCCAUUUCAUGUUCUGCGCACUCUAUUCAGCUCUAUGCCACUCACUACAGAUGAUGGUGUGCUCCUGCGACGCAUGGCACUUGAAAUUGGGGCGAUACAUCUCAUUCUUGCUUGUUUAUCUGCCUUAAGUCAUCAUGCACCCCGGAUACCCAAUUCCAGCUCUAAUCAGACAGAGCCACAGGUUUCGACCACUCAUAAUAGUGGAACAUGUGAAGAGCAACAGCUUUACUGGGCUAAAGGCACGGGCUUUGGAACUGGAUCUACUGCGUCAGGCUGGGAUGUUGAACAGGCCCUGACAAAGCAAAGGUUGGAGGAGGAACAUGUAACCUGCUUAUUGCUGGUUCUUGCUAGCUACAUUAAUCCAUCUGGAUGUGCCGUUAAUGGUGAAACACAAGCCAAUGAGAGUCGAGGGCAGAAUAGUAAUGCUCUUCCAUCUGUCUUGCAAGAACUACUCAGUCAGUCAUGCCUCAUCCCAGCCAUGUCCUCUUACCUAAGGAAUGAUUCAGUGUUGGAUAUGGCUAGACAUGUGCCUUUGUAUCGAGCUCUGUUGGAGCUGCUUCGAGCCAUCGCUUCAUGUGUAGCACUGGUACCCCUGUUGCUUCCCCUGUCUGGAGCUAAUGGAGAAGAGGAGGAGGAACAGACUGAGUCACAGGCAUCUGUGGGCACCUUAUUGGCAAAAAUGAAAACUUGUGUAGACACAUACACCAACAGAUUAAGGUCUAAGAAAGAUAAGGUCAAAGCUGGGGUGAAACCAGAUGCCUCUGAUCCUGAGCCAGAAGGACUGACUUUGCUUGUGCCAGAUAUACAGAGAACUGCAGAGAUUGUGUAUCUUGCUACCACUAGCCUUCGUCAAGCUAAUCAAGAGAAGAAGCUGGCCGAGUUCUCUAAAAAGGUAGCUGUGAAGUCCAAACCUUUUUUGGUCUUACGGUCCUUAGAAGAAAAGUAUGUGGUUGUCAUGAAAAAGCUCCAGUUCGAUACUUUUGAGAUGGUAUCUGAAGAUGAUGAUGGAAAACUGAUGUUUAAAGUAAAUUACCAUUACAUGUCUCAGGUGAAAAAUGCAAGUGAUGCAAACAGUGCUGCACGAGCACGGCGUCUCGCCCAGGAGGCUGUAACACUUUCUACUUCGUUGCCUCUGUCAUCUUCAUCCAGUGUCUUUGUCCGAUGUGACGAAGAAAGACUAGACAUUAUGAAGGUUUUGAUAACUGGUCCAGCAGACACUCCUUAUGCCAAUGGGUGUUUUGAAUUUGAUGUUUACUUCCCUCAAGAUUAUCCUAAUUCUCCUCCUCUUGUAAAUUUGGAGACAACAGGUGGCCAUAGUGUCCGUUUUAAUCCAAACCUUUACAACGAUGGAAAGGUAUGUUUAAGUAUACUAAACACCUGGCAUGGAAGACCAGAAGAGAAGUGGAAUCCACAGACAUCAAGUUUUUUGCAGGUAUUGGUGUCUGUCCAGUCCCUUAUUCUUGUGUCCGAGCCCUACUUCAAUGAGCCAGGAUAUGAGAGAUCAAGGGGCACACCAAGUGGCACUCAGAGCUCCAGGGAGUAUGAUGGGAAUAUCAGGCAAGCAACAGUCAAAUGGGCCAUGCUAGAACAAAUUAGAAACCCAUCACCGUGCUUUAAAGAGGUGAUUCAUAAACAUUUUUACUUGAAAAGAGCAGAGAUCAUGGCUCAGUGUGAAGACUGGAUAGUAGAUAUUCAGCAGUUCAGCAGCGACAAACGGGUUGGCAGGACGAUGUCUCACCAUGCAGCAGCUCUGAAGCGACAUACAGCUCAGCUACGAGAAGAGCUCUUAAAGCUCCAGUGCCCUGAAGGCUUGGACCCAGAUGUUGAUGAGCCUACAGAAAAAUGCCUUGCAACAGCAAGCUGUGAGGAGACCACACUGCACGAACAGGCCAAACCCAGCAGCAGUAAAGACAGCGCCAGUGACUUCAAAUUCUGAGCUGCAGCGGCUCGGACUUUACCACAAACAGGCUUUGAAGCACAGCCAAAUAUGUCCAUAUUUGUAUGUAAGAAGCUAAUUAUGUAAUAGUUAAUGAAGCUAAAACUAUAAUAUGCCCUUAAGGAUAUACAGUUUAAUUCAAGAUGAUCUUUUACCUGUAAAAGAGUGUAAACUUUUUUUGUGCUUUUAUUUUUUCAGUUGUGAGAACCACUGAUUGGUAUGUUUAGAAAUUGUAAACAAGAAAAUGGCAAAGUCACUGAAAUAAGGGAAAAAGUUCCUUAGGAGAGAAUGUUUACUGAAUGUUUUUUUUUCUUUUUACCGCUAGAAAGGGGGUUGUAACAAAAAAUAUAUAUUGGUCAUUCUUAUUACUAUUUAAAGACUGCAGAUUUUCACAGAAUUUGAUAGAUUUUGGCCAUACCUUCAUUCUCAUUUUUGAUUUCUACAGAAAACUUCUGCAUUCUUCAAUAAACCUUAAACAAAUAUGCUCCCUGUUAAAUGAAUACUGGGUACAUUUUUCCGUUUUUUUAAAAGAAUAAAUCUACAAGGAAAAGAUCUUAGAACUGGAGACUUGCUCUUGUAAGACUGAAUUUAUCACAGUCUUUGUUUCAUUUGAUGCACACGAAAUAAACGGACAUGGUUUUACCUUCAGCUCUUGUGCACCUCUAGCUUCAUGCAUCUGUCACAUUUCCUUGAUUGUGUUUUGAAUUUGUGUUGCCAGAAGUCUGUAAAUAAGAGGAAAUUAUUCAUAGAUUUCAUCAAGAUGUUUUGUGUCUUUAUU